AUGGACAAUCUCGAUUCACCUUUACCCUCUCCCAUUUCCUAUAGACGCUCUUCUUCCACUCCCAGACCAAUACUACCUAUACAAUUAGACGUAGCUUUACCCGAGGCGAGAUUAUCGGCUUCUUCUCUUCUUGAAGCCGUUGUCAAUGUCGGACAGUCAGGGACUCCAGUUCGACCCACUUCCAACUCUACUCCUCAAACCACACAGGUGUCUUACCCUCCCCAAGUACCCCGCGCGUCGUUCGACAGACCACUCGAGCAUGAUCAAAAUGCCAGAAAUACGAACAUUUCCUUCACCCCAGUCAAUCUUACUAACAUUGGCAAUCCGAUCUCUGGGAAUUUCAACCGACCUCACCCUUCAAACCAACCACAAUUGAACGAUCCUCCAUCGGGAACUCGAUCCAUCUCUGGUUCAUCUACCUCUGGAAACGGUCUAAGAGCAACGGGAAUAGCUUCCAGACCUAGACCCAAAUCCAUAGCUCGAGGUCCUCCGUCAAGCUAUCAUUCAACUACCACUUCUCCCAGUUCGAGCAGUUUGGAUAUGAUAGAUCCCUCUGGAGAGAGUGUGGAAAGUUGGCAAUUGGUAUCCAAUAGUUCGGCGGAUGAGAGUCAUGGAGAGGGUUAUAAAGCUGUGGAAGCGUUGGAGAAGAAUGUCGCUAAGCGUCGCUCGGCAUUGCCCGGACUACAAGAACAACUGGCCGAGUUGGAAGCAAAGAUCCAAGCUGCCGAAGCGAGAUUAGCACUGGCUGCAGCACAAGGGUCUGCCUAG